GUCAUGCACGAAACGAGUGAUCGUCGGUGUGUGUUUGUUUGGAAGUGCUUGUUUUUGUGUCCGUCCUUCUCCGUCACCUUUCGUGCCCACAAAAAUUUGUGUAAUAGAUUCGUAUUAAAAAUUCGAGAACCAUUGAUUAUUGGCCGCGCUAAUAAUAGCUAUAAGUAGAGCAGUGUGGGUGCUACCGAAAAUAGAACAAGGAUAUUGUUUAUUGCUGGUUCCUGUGGCGUAGUUGAAAUUCUUUUCCAAAUGGCAGCGGAUGAUUCGGCCGCAAUAAUGCGUUCGGAGGGAGGAUUGGUCACAUCAGCUGGUGGCAGCAGAACUAUCACAGAGACCAUCACACAGGAGCAAAUCCCAAGCACCAGUCAGGAACCACCCGUGUUACGUCUCCGGUUAAAAAAACCCCGCACAGACAAGAAAGUGCAAUGGACCAAUGGUACGGUAGAUAACGAACACAUGAACAAGAAGAAAUCCAAAUGUUGCUGUAUCUAUGUCAAACCACGUGAAUUCGGUGAAAGUUCGUCGGAAAGCGAGGGCGAGUGUGAACACUGCUUCGGGCAUGUAGAGCAAAAGAAGAAACGCAAACCGAUUCCGGAUUCAGAUUCGGUCGAUUCCGGCGGAGGACCCUCGAAGGAUCCAUCAUCGAACAACAAUGGACCCGGAGACAGUGAACCGAAUGUAUUGUAACACCAACUUGGCUAUUAGAUAAUAUUUUAGACCUUUCAGUACCUUUUACUGUUCCAAUUUCUUUUUGGCUUACAAUAUAAUUUUUAUUGUGUAUUUUGUGGCA